UCGGUUUCCCGGGUGUCGUUUGUGGAACUGUGGAGAGACUCGCCCAGCGCCCGGCGUGCGCAGGCGCACUCAGAGGGCUCCGUCCUUCGUCGGAGAGCCGGUUCCCGAGCGGGCCUCGGGGCGGGGCCGGGGGCGCGGCUAAAUGCGGAGGUUCGCCUGACACUCACGGCUCGCCGGGGUCCCGCCACCGCCACCAACUUUGCCGAGCUGCGGAGGUCAUGCUGCCCAACACCGGGAAGCUAGCAGGAUGCACAGUUUUUAUCACAGGGGCGAGCCGAGGCAUUGGCAAAGCUAUUGCAUUGAAAGCAGCGAAGGAUGGAGCAAAUAUUGUUAUUGCUGCGAAGACUACACAGACACACCCGAGACUUCUGGGCACAAUCUACACUGCUGCUCAAGAGAUUGAAGCAGCUGGAGGAAAGGCCUUGCCAUGUGUUGUUGACGUGAGAGAUGAACAGCAAAUCAACAGUGCGGUGGAAAAAGCUGUCAAGAAAUUCGGAGGAAUUGAUAUUUUGGUGAACAAUGCCAGUGCUAUUAGCUUGACCAAUACAUUGGAUACUCCUACAAAGAGAGUGGACUUGAUGAUGAAUGUGAACACCAGGGGCACCUAUCUUACAUCCAAAGCAUGUAUUCCUUUUUUAAAAAAGAGCAAGAUCGCUCAUAUUCUCAACCUCAGCCCACCCCUGAACCUAAAUCCACUGUGGUUCAAGCAGCACUGUGCUUAUACCAUUGCCAAAUAUGGCAUGUCUAUGUGUGUGCUUGGAAUGGCAGAAGAAUUUAGAGGUGAAGUUGCAGUCAAUGCCUUAUGGCCUAAAACAGCCAUACACACUGCUGCUAUGGAUAUGCUGGGAGGAACUGGUAUUGAAAGCCAAUGUAGGAAAGUUGACAUCAUCGCGGAUGCUGCAUAUUCCAUUUUCAAAAGGCCAAAAAGUUUUACUGGCAACUUUAUCAUUGAUGAAAAUAUCUUAAAAGAAGAAGGAAUACAAGAUUUUGAUGUAUAUGCAAUUACACCAGGCCAUCCCUUGCUACCAGAUUUCUUCUUAGAUGACCACCCAGAUACAUAUAUAAAGGAAAUCGAAUCACCUGACCCUGAGCCAGAAGUAAUAGCAGAGAAGCCGCAGCCACAGCUGCAAUCACAUCCGCAGCCACAACCACACCCAGAGCCUCAACCACAGCCGCAACCGAAGCUGCAGCCACCGCCACCACAUUUUGGAGCCGUGGAAGAAACAUUUAGAAUAGUUAAGGACUCUCUCAGUGAUGAAGUUGUUAAAGCCACACAAGCUGUCUAUCAGUUUGAACUCUCAGGUGAAGAUGGAGGCACAUGGUUUCUUGAUCUGAAGAAUAAAGUUGGGAAAGUUGGGCAUGGAGAGCCCCCUGACCGGGCGGACGUAGUGAUGAGUAUGACUACUGAUGAUUUUGUCAAAAUGUUUUCAGGGAAACUAAAGCCAACCAUGGCAUUCAUGUCAGGAAAGCUGAAAAUUAAAGGAAACAUGGCCCUAGCAGUCAAAUUGGAGAAGCUAAUGACCCAUAUGAAUUCCAGACUCUGAAGGACAAGAAGCAAAAGUGUUGACUGUUCUCCUCAGAAGUAAAGAAGUUAAAACUCUGUUGUCUCCUCCACUGUCGUAUAAGGACGCAUAGGUUUGUUCUGGAAAAAGUAGGAUUCCUGUAUCUAUUAGACUUGAAAUUAUAAUUAAAACAACUAACCACUCAAGACAUCUUAAUAUAUUGUCUAUUUUUAUCCAAUUUCCCCCUCUAAGCCUUUAUUUCAUUCAUUGCCUUUUAUAGGAAAAAUAUGUACCAUGAACAACUAAUGAGAAUCAAGCAAUAAAAUUAGCUGUUUACUACUUUAUCCUCACUAAGAAAGUGUGUGAGGGACUGUAGAGGCAAACUUUUGUUUAACUUACUAUAAGUAUUUUAUAUUAUUGAUACUAUUCUAGCUAUCUUUACAUUUUAAGCUUUUCCCUUUUUCUCCAGAUGGGGUAACUCAACUGGCCUUGAACUCAGGCCAGUCCUCCUGCCUCCGCUUUCUUAGUGCUAUGAUUAGCCACCAUGCCUGGCUAAACUGAGUUUCCAAGUGCUAACAUACAGAAAUAGAAUUAGUUUGUGAGUAUUCCUAACGCCCUGCAGUAGUUAGACCUACUCAUUAUCUUUAGCAGCUUUUUAAAACAGAUUCUUUAAAUCAUGUUAUCUUCAAAUAAAGAUGAAUCUAUCUCCUUUCCCCCCA